CUGGGCCGGAACUAUCAGAGCCAAUUAUUGUGAAAGAAGAGUGCAAAGCAGCUAGCUUGUUGUACAUCUGCUGGUGGAAGGGGAGCGUGCGUUUCUUGAUCUCUUAGCAGGUGAGCUGCAAGCAGGCUUUCAAUAGGAUUUAAAAGGUCUGUCUCAAAAUGGCUGAUGUGACUGACCUAAUCGACAGUGAGGUGUUCCAGGCAUUUGCUACUUAUGCCACUAUUGUUCUUUUGAAAAUGAUGCUGAUGUCACCUUUGACAGGAUACUGCAGAAUGACCAGAAAGGCAUUUUCUAACCCAGAAGAUGUUGCGAUGCAUGCAAAAGGUGAUGACGCAAAGAAGUACUUGAGGACUGAUGCCACUGUAGAGCGUGUGCGCAGAUGCCACCUGAAUGACCUGGAGAACAUUGUCCCAUUCCUCGGUAUUGGGUUGCUGUAUGCUUUGUCAGGCCCUGAACUGGACACUGCUUUGUUUCACUUCCGUAUUUUUGUUGGGUCAAGAAUUUGUCAUACAUUUUCUUAUUUGGUGCCUCUUCCUCAACCUUGCAGAGCGGUCUCUUGGAUGGCUGGCAUGGGUGCUACCUUUUCCAUGGCAUAUAGAUUAUUAAGCACAGGACUACGACUUUGAAAUGGUCCUGUUGUUUCACCGAUAUUUCUUCCGUGGUCCAAAUUGUCUUCUGAGAUUUGUAUUUUUCCAUUGAGUAUGUGUCUGUCAAGUAUAUUUCUAACAUUUUGUAGACGUGGCACAUUCAGUAUUGAGAACUAGAACUCAUGUUAUAUGUAAUCUAUUUAGUUUGUCAUUUAGUAAAUAAACACUUCUCUUUACA